AUGAGCGGCCGGAGUCGGGGUCGGAAGUCGGCCCGCGCCAAGGGCCGGGGCAAGGGGCGCCACCGAGGCCGCGGCCGCCCGGCGCCGGCCGCCCCCGACGCCGCCACCGACGACGCCGCCGCCGCCGCCUCUCAGGGCCCCGCGUGCGCGGACGGCGCGGCCGUCGGGGGCGGCCCCGGGGGCGCCCGGCCCGGCCCGGCCACGGCCACGGCCAAGGCCCCGGCCCCGCGCCUGGCGGCCGAGCCCGUCGGGCUGAGGAACGGGCCCCGCGGGGGCGGCCGGAAGGCGCCUGAGGCGGCCAAGCCCCGACGCGGCGGCGCUGAGGGGCGGCCGGCCGAGGCCCCCGCGCCCGGACCCGCGCCCGCACCCGCGCCCACACCCGCGCCCGCGCCCGCGCCCCGCGACGUGAGCGCGCUGGAGGCGGCGCAGCGGCGGCUGGAGGCGGCGGGCGCGCAGGCCGAGCGCGCCUACCUGCGCCUGGCGCGCAAGUUCGGGCGGCUGCGGCUGCAGCACCUGGAGCGCCGCGAGCGCCUCAUCCGCGCCGUCCCGGGCUUCUGGGCCCAGGCGCUGCAGAGCCACCCGCGCCUGGCCGCCCUGCUGGGCCGCCGCGACCGCGAGCUGCUGGGCCACCUGCGCAGCCUGGAGGUGGAGGAGCUGGGCCUGGCGCGCCUGGGCUACCGCAUCACGCUGCGCUUCGGCCGCAACCCCUUCUUCCAGAACCGCGUGCUGGUCAAGGAGUACGGGUGCGGGCCCGCGGGCCGCGUGGUCUCCCGCAGCACGCCCAUCCGCUGGCUGCCGGGCCACGACCCGCAGGCCCUGCUGCAGGGCGGCGGCCCCGACGGCCCCGGCGGCCCCGGCCCGAGCUUCCUGGGCUGGUUCGCCCAGCACAGCCCCGUCGAGGCCGACAGCAUCGUGGAGAUCAUCAACGAGGAGCUCUGGCCCGACCCCCUGCGCUACUACCUGCGGGGCGAGGCGGAGAAGGAGGCGAAGGCGAAGGCCAAGGAGGGCGGCGAGCGGGACCCCGCCAAGCCGCCCGCCGAGCCCCCGCCCCAGCCCGGGCCCCGGGCCGCCAACUGA